CCUAGGUAGGUAUACUUUUUACCUGCAUACAUAUAAUAGUUUUUGCGAGUCUUACAAAUACUGCAACAUACCGUUUAAACCUCAGUUCUGUUAAAUCAUUUGAUCAGAAAGGAUAACUGCAUUUGCUACAAUCAGUUCUGCAAUCCGUUCAGUUAUAUAUUUUUUAAAAAGUCGAUCUCGUUGUAUUACCUAGUCUAGUUUUGUUAGUGAGUUUUGUUCAUUAUUUGUGUUCAGGUGAUUCUGAUGAUGAGUUCCAUGGAUCGAAAUUCUAAUUACCGGUUCCGAUCCAGCAGUCCGGGAUUAAUAUUGCGAGAAUACAACAAACCACAUUACAAACACGAACAUAUCAGCCGAAGACAGACGUAUAGCUACUUAAAAAAUGAACCAUCCUUAGGAUACCUCAAACGACCAAUUGAACCGUACGAUAAACCUCCUACAUCUCCUCAUUUCCACCAUCCAUCAUUUUCCAAUCAAAAUUCAGUUUUGAAAAGCGCUGGUGGUAGGGCAAGAUCGGCGAUGAGAGUAUUAGUCGAAAGCAUAAGAAAUCAAACGCCCAGACCCAAAUCACUCCCUAGGUCUAUUAAUCACAAAGAACCCAUAGAAUUGGCUCAUUUUCCAGCUGCCAAACCACCUGGUCGAAACGAGAAGGCUAAAAUCGAAAGGGAUGAUUUUCCAGCACCUCCAUAUCCGUUUGCGGAUCCUGAAUGUAGAAAGAGAUGGUCCAGUUGCUAUGAAAACAUUUCUGUUUUCGAUUAUGAUGAUCAAGCUGAUGGAGUCGAAGAGAAAGAUGACAGUCGAGAUAAAAUGAAGAAAGAAAAAGAAGAGCUAAUUAAAAUUAGUUCGUGCUCAGGAAUCGGAAAUAUAUUAUUGCAGAAUUUGAAACAUCACGAAAAACUACAGAAGUGUAAACAAUUUUGCAUCGAUCCUCGUAACGCUUCAAGAUGUCCUUCUGCAUCUAAAGAACCAGCUUAUAAAUUACGUUAUCAUUCAGUUGAUCGAAAUUCCAGAUGAAAUGUAUUUUUAAUCGAUGAAUUUUUAGAAGAUUAAUUUGAUCAGACUAGCAAUGUUAUUAAAAACAAUUCCAUACCUAUACGAGUAUUUAUCUCAAUUAGUCAAAAAACGUUCCGUUUUUUUUUUUUUUUUUUUUUAAGAACAAAUAAAAUAUAUAACUAAAAACGAACAAACCUGAACUGGAUAGUAUUUUUUGUUAUUUUCUACCUCCAAACCUAGCGUAAAAAUUCUCGAAUAAAUAAACGAUAAACUUACAUGCGUUAAA